GGCCGAGGCCUUGGUCAGGUCAGAUCACAUCGAUUGCCAUGUCUCGUGUCCUCAUUUCAAGAUGUUGAUCAGCACCCUCUAUCCAUAGUUGGGGCGUUACUACAAACCGCUGUGAUGGCAAAACUGACAAGCGUGUGUUCGUUCAAACCGGAGGGUUUCCGGGUGACGAAGGAUAUGAAGAAGAACUUCAAUGACCAGGGAUAUAUCCUAGUCAAAGGGUUGUUCGACACGGAGGAAAUGAAAAACCUAAGGACGGUGUUUGAAAACACAGACGUCAUCAAAGAUCACGGGUAUACAGUCGCUGAUGGACAGGGAAAGAACGUGAGAAUGCUGUUGUGGAACCAUCCCGGAAAUGACGUAUCUGGACAGAUAUCACGUUGUGAGAAGGUCGUCAAUACUUGUGAAGACCUUCUUGGAGGUGAAGUUUACCACUACCAUUCAAAACUGAUUUACAAGGAUCCCUUCACUGGAGGAUCAUUCCACUGGCAUCAGGACUACGGGUACUGGUAUCACAACAGUUGUCUGUUUCCCGACAUGUUGACAGUGUUCAUAGCCAUCGACAGGUGCGCCCAAUCAAAUGGAUGUCUGCAGAUCCUGCCCGGUUCUCACAGAUGUGGUCGCAUUGUCCAUGACGCCGUCCACGGUCAGACCGUCGCCAACACUGAGAGGGUGUGUGCAAUAGAGACUGUCUAUCCCAAGGCUUACGUAGAGAUGGACCCAGGUGAUGCAUUGUUCUUCCACUGUAACUUGCUGCACACGAGUUCUGGCAAUGACAGUGCUGACAGACGAUGGGCGUACCUGAUAGCCUACAACACUAAGGCGAACAACCCCUUAGUUCCACAUCACCACGCACAGUACACACCCCUACACAAGGUGCCGGACAGUGCUGUAAGGGAAUGCACGAAUUACAAUGAUUUCACUGGUAAGGGUUUCUUGGACCCAACUAGCCCAGACAGAAACGAACUUCUUCAAAAACAAACCAAAUGUGAAAAAUAGACGUUGCAUUAUGAUAUCAGGUUAUGUAGGCCCUAUCGUUAUUUCAGCUGAUAGUUUUAUCACAUUCUGUUAAAGUUUGAUAUAAUUAUUAUACUAUCUCAGCCCUACCAGAUAACAGCACGCCUGUUCAUGUUACAUGACGCUGACUAUGACCCUGGUGAGCUUGACGUUGACUAUGACCCUGGUGAGCUUGACGUUGACUAUGACCCUGGUGAGCAUGACGCUGACUAUGACCCUGGUGAGCAUGACGUUGACUAUGACUCUGGUGAGCUCCCAUAAUACUAAGAUAUAUUUCCAUCACAAAUAUUACACAGUAUUUUAUGUAAUGGACUAGUAUAAUUCAUGUAAUAUUUUGUUCACACAACAGAUGAUUAAAUUAGCUUUGAAUCUAUUAAACGCCUUAUAU